AUGAGGGAGCGCAGGCUGGAAGGUAGUUACAGUUGUGGAUUUGACUAUUUGGAAGUUUAUAAUGGAGAUUCAGCAAAUACGACGAAACUGGGCAGAUUCUGUGGAAACCAAUUACCAAGAAGCCUGGUAUCAUCUGGACUCAAACUCUUCAUCGUGUUUCACUCGGAUUAUAGCGUGUCAGCACCGGGAUUUGUUCUGAACUAUUCAACACCAUUAGAUGUAAAUGAAUGUUACUUUGGAACACACAACUGCGCUAUUGGAGCGUCAUGUGUCAAUACGAAUGAAUCGUUUUACUGCAUUUGUGAAAACGGUUAUACCGGAGAUGGCGUAACCUGCACAGAUAUCAAUGAAUGUGAACUUGGAAUUGAUAACUGUCAUUCUCAAGCAUCAUGUCGCAAUACCAAUGGGUCGUUCGACUGUUCUUGCAACUUUGGCUUUAGUGGAGAUGGAAUAGCAUGCAACGCGACAAGACCUUCUAAUACAUCUAAUCCAGGCACCAUUCCACCCACUACUAAUCCAGGCAACGCGACAAGAUCUUCUAAUACAUCUAAUCCAGAUACGACGCCUUCUUAUACAUCAAGU